AUGUCAGAUCAAGAUGCGAGUCAUGCGAGUCACUGGCCAUCGAGUGUCACUACACUCCAAGAAGCUCGGCCGCUCGUCACUUUCGACCUCAGCUUCGAGGUACAGCCAGACAUCAAGCCAUACGACACGCGGACUACUGGCUGGGUGAGAGAGGCGUUUCUCAAGAUCUACGUCGACACCUUUGCCCACGGCUUCGAUGCGGUUUGGGUGCCGCACGAGGAUCCGAUGAUCCGCGGUGUGCACUUCGUGCCCUCUCUUGAAUUCACGCAGACUGCCCAUUCCAUCAUCAAGGCUGUUGGAGAUUUCGUGGAAGAACCCUCUGCUCUGCCACCGCGCGCCUGCAAAGCCUAUACCACCCGCAUGGAAGGUGUCAUGUCGAGCUGCCUGUCUGAGGAGAACGAAUCGGCUCGAAAGUUCCCUAGGCGGGUGCGGGAGUUGGGUGGAGAACUUGGGAGAGCGGCGACUCAGAUCAAGAGGGGUGGGUUGCUUGAUGAGGAGAGCAUCACGAUCGCGCUCCGACGCCCAGCCGAUGGCGCCGACGCUGUCAAUGUCACCCGAGAGCUUGAGCCUGUCGAGACCGGACACGGUGGCAUUGUCAGUCGAGAAAUCUUCACGAUCGGCGGUGCCCAGCUCCUUGACCAAGGUGACAGCAUCCCAACUGGCCAGCCGCAGGUCCCAAAGGCGAAGCGGGGGUCUCGGUGA